CGAGCAAAGUAAACGCAACGUGUCGGCAUAUCCUUGCGCUAUGGAGUUUAGAGUUAAGACAACUGACAGCAAUGUCGUCAUUUUAACCUGCAUGUUUCUCUCCUAUUAAUUUCAUAAUUUUUGCUGCCGUACCCAACUUAAAAACAUCUAAAAAAACUAGUCAAAAUUCUUCAAAAAAAAAGAAGAGUGAACAUGGUGGCGCUCGACAAUGGAGGCGGAGAAGGGUUUAGUUUGAGUUACACGACGGCGUUUUUGAAGAAAAUGGGAGACGAAACAGUUAAAGAGGAAGAGCCGGGAGCUGAAAGUAACGGAGAAGAUUAUCAGGACGCUCUGUUGAAGUCAGUUAAAGAGGAUGAGGAUGGAAAAACGGGAGCCGUGGACAAUAUAAUGAACGGUGGGGAUUUGAUCAACUUCGUCACUAAUAAUGGUUCGUCUUCUUCCAGUUCAUAUGAUCAUUUGCCAAAAUCAAUGGGAUCAGGAUUAAACGAGUUGGGUCCGCCGCCGUUUCUGAGAAAAACAUAUGACUUGGUCGAGGAUCCGGAAACCGACCCGAUCGUUUCCUGGGGCAGUAACCGCCACAGCUUCAUCGUUUGGGAUUCUCAUAAGUUCUCAGAACAUCUCCUUCCCAAAUACUUCAAGCACAAGAACUUUUCCAGCUUCAUCCGCCAACUAAGCACUUAUGGGUUUAGAAAGAUCGAUUCAGAUAGAUGGGAAUUUGCAAAUGAAGGGUUUCAAGGAGGAAAUAAGCAUUUACUGAGAAACAUUAAGAGGAGAAGUAGAUAUAACAGGCAACGACAAGGAGUUUUCUGUGCUAACAGUUCAACAAAUAACAUUGGGUUAGAAGCUGAGCUCGAAAUAUUGAAGAAAGAUCGGAGUUUAUUGCAGUUGGAGGUUAUGAAACUGAGGCAACAGGAGGAAGAAUCAAAUCGUCAGCUGAGUGCUGUUCAUGACCGGAUUCGCUUCGCCGAGUGCAGGCAACAGCAAAUGUGCAAUUUCUUCGCUAAAAUAGUUAAAUACCCCACUUUUAUUCAGCGAUUGACCCAGAGCAGGAAUCAGCAAAAGAAAGAGCUGCUUGAUGAAGGAGAGUUUAGCUUUAGCAAGAAGAGAUUGCUUGAGCCACAAGUCACAAAGAGCUCGGAUGGUCAAGAGGGAUUGAAAUCAAUGCAAUCUGAUGAGUUCUCAAAGCUUCUGCACUCGGAUUAUAUGGAGAACAACGAACAACUGGAUAAACGGGAUGGCUUGCAUGGUUCUGUUCACAACCAAAAGAACGGUUCACCAGAAAUGUGUUCUUCUGCUUAUGAUGUUGUGUCGGAAAACUUACUAGGGGAAAGCUCGGGUGCUCUGAAUGAAACAAGCGAAGAGCUUUCAUCGGUAAAUGAUUCAAAGAUUUAUCUUGAGCUGGAAGAUCUGAUCAACUGGAAACAAUGUGGCUGGGGUGGUUUUGGAAGUGAGCUGGUGGAGCAAACUGGCUGUAUCUGACCAAACUGGCUUUAUCUAUUGUACU